UUAUAAUUGACAUGUUUGUGAUGAGGUGUGAGUCGAAAGAUCUCAGUUUCGCUGAAAUGAAUUCGUUCAAAUCGCUAGUUGCAUAAAGUUUUGUAAUGUUACAUUGUACUUUUAAGUAAAGUGAAAUUAUAUAUUCGAAAAUAUAUAUGCUAAAAUCCAAAUGUGAACUAUCUAAAUGUCGACGAAGUCACCGCGCACUUAACUCGAUUCCGAUCGGAGCGAAUGGAGUGAUUAAAAUAUAAACUAACGAUGCAAACCAGUCUUAAAACUAAAGAAAUGUUUAUAGUAAGAGCUUUGGAAAAAAUAUUAGCCGAUAAGGACAUAAAACGGUCCUAUCACAGCCAGUUGAAAAAGUCGUGCGAAGUAGCUUUAGAGGAAAUAAAAACUGAAUUAAAAAAUGGAGGACAGGUGGAAUCACCUGAAAGCCCAUCAUCAGGCACCCUUCCGUUACCUAAAAAUGAUUCAUCUAACAUCAUUACCGCUGAAAAAUAUUUCCUACCCUUUGAACUGGCAUGUCAAAGCAAAGCAUCUAGGAUAGUUGUGACUGCUCUCGAUUGCCUCCAAAAACUAAUAGCUUAUGGCCACCUUACGGGUAAUAUUCCUGAUUCUACCACACCUAGAAAACUCCUGAUUGAUAGAAUCGUCGAAACUAUUUGCAGCUGUUUUAAUGGUCCUCAAACUGAUGAAGGCGUCCAGCUUCAAAUUAUCAAAGCCCUACUAACUGUGAUAACAAGCCAACAUGUUGAAGUCCACGAAGGCACAGUGCUACUGGCAGUACGAACCUGCUACAAUAUCUACUUGGCUAGUAAAAAUCUAAUCAACCAAACCACAGCGAGAGCUACGCUAACUCAAAUGUUAAAUGUUAUUUUUACUAAAAUGGAAAACCAGGCUAUAGAGUCGGAAACAAAUAACAGCAAUCAUACAUCAGAAGGUCACCAUACAUCAGAAAGUCACCAUAAAAUACCUAACGGAAACAUAGUAACAGAAGAUACAUCACCUAAUCAAGUCAAUCAGGAGAAAAAAGAAAUAACACCAGCAAUUGAAGAGGUUGAUGAAGUACUGGAAGCAAAAAUCAUAGCUAAGCAAAUUGUAGACUCUGUUAUAGAUGAUGCAGUUACAAUUGCCUCUAAGAAAUCAACUGAAGAACAUAGUCAAACUAGUCCAGAUAACAAUGAAAAUCCCACUGAUUCUCAAGACACCGGUAGUGUUUCACAAGAAAGGAAUGGGCAAAUCAAUACAGAAACUACAAUGACUAGAAUACCUUCACAAGAAAGUGUUGAUGUUGCAUCGGAAAAUGAUAACUCUGUGACAGCUAAAUUCACACAUGUGUUACAAAAAGAUGCCUUCCUCGUCUUUAGAGCUUUGUGCAAACUUUCCAUGAAGCCUUUACCUGAUGGUACACCUGACCCUAAAUCUCAUGAGUUGAGAUCUAAAAUUCUCUCCUUACAUUUACUUCUCUCUAUCCUUCAAAAUGCUGGCCCCGUUUUUAGAAAUAAUGAGAUGUUUAUAACUGCAAUUAAGCAAUAUCUUUGUGUUGCUCUUUCUAAAAAUGGUGUCAGUUCUGUACCUGAAGUCUUUGAACUUUCACUCGCAAUUUUCCUGGCUUUAUUACAAAACUUUAAAGUUCACUUAAAGAAACAAAUUGAAGUAUUUUUCAAAGAAAUUUUCAUGAACAUUUUGGAAACAUCUAGCUCAUCCUUUGAACACAAAUGGAUGGUCAUUCAAGCUCUUACAAGAAUAUGUGGUGAUGCCCAAAGUGUUGUUGACAUUUAUGUUAAUUAUGAUUGUGAUUUAUCAGCUGCUAACCUUUUCCAAAGGUUGGUAAAUGACGUGUCUAAAAUUGCUCAAGGACGACAAGCUUUAGAACUAGGCGCAACGCCAAAUCAAGAAAAAUCUAUGAGGAUUAGAGGACUUGAAUGCCUUGUAUCUAUAUUAAAAUGCAUGGUAGAAUGGAGUAAAGAGUUGUACAUCAAUCCUAACAUGCAAACUACAUUGGGUGAAAGAACAGUUAAAGAAGAUACAGACCAUCAAAGUAUAAAAUCGCAUGGUGGAUCAAGUCUAAGUCUAAUUUCUACAGGAUCUAGUAAUGUCGGGAAUAGAGAAACAUUGGAUUCACCUGAGCAAUUCGAAGUAUUGAAGCAACAAAAAGAAGUUUGGGAAACAGGAAUCGAACUUUUUAACAGAAAACCAAAGAAAGGAGUAUCUUUUCUACAAGAACAAGGAUUGCUUGGAACAUCUACUAAAGAAAUUGCUGAAUGGCUAUUAACUGAUGAAAGAUUGGAUAAAAUAUUUAUUGGUGAAUACUUAGGCGAAAAUGAUGAUCAUUCCAAAGAAGUGAUGUACGCAUAUGUGGACUCCAUGAAUUUUUCUAACAUGGAUAUUGUGGCUGCUUUACGACAUUUCCUUGAAGGUUUUAGGCUACCUGGUGAAGCUCAAAAAAUCGACAGAUUGAUGGAAAAGUUUGCCUCUCGCUAUUGUGAAUGUAAUCCAAAUAAUACAUUAUUUAUGAGCGCUGAUACAGUUUAUGUGUUAGCAUUUUCGAUCAUAAUGCUAACAACAGAUUUGCACUCACCACAAGUGAAAAAUAAGAUGACAAAAGAACAAUACAUAAAGCUGAACAGCGGUAUAAGUGACAAUAAUGACUUGCCUCGUGAAUAUCUAUCUCAAAUAUACGACGAAAUUGCUGGCCAUGAAAUAAAAAUGAAAAACACAAAUAAACCGGGUAAACAUAUGAUCGCAAAUGAGAAGAAACGUAAAUUAAUAUGGAAUAUGGAAAUGGAGCAGAUAUCAACUGCAGCAAAGAAUUUAAUGGAAUCUGUCUCCCAUGUACAAACUCCCUUUACAACAGCUAAACACGUAGAACACGUACGGCCUAUGUUCAAAAUGGCUUGGACGCCAUUCUUAGCUGCUUUUUCAGUCGGUCUUCAAGAUUGUGACGAUCCAGAAAUUGCCUCAUUAUGUUUAGACGGCAUUAGAUGUGCAAUUAGAAUAGCUUGCAUUUUCCACAUGUCGCUCGAAAGAGAUGCAUACGUUCAAGCGUUGGCGCGUUUUACUUUAUUAACCGCAAACUCUCCCAUUACAGAAAUGAAAGCUAAAAAUAUUGACACCAUCAAAACUUUGAUAACUGUUGCACAUACUGAUGGUAAUUAUUUAGGCUAUAGCUGGUUAGAUGUAGUAAAAUGCAUUUCACAGUUAGAAUUGGCUCAGCUUAUUGGAACUGGAGUACGACCACAAUUCUUAUCUGGGUCAGGAAUCAAACCACAGCCAGAUUCGUUGAAGUUUAGCCUUAUGACUUUGGAUCCUAGCGUAAAGGAACAUAUAGGAGAAACAAGCUCCCAGAGUGUUGUAGUGGCGGUAGACAGAAUAUUUACUGGAUCCACGAGACUCGACGGAAAUGCGAUAGUCGAUUUUGUCAAAGCACUCUGUCAGGUGUCAUUAGAUGAGUUAAGUCAUCCGACAAAUCCUCGAAUGUUUUCUCUACAAAAAAUUGUUGAGAUAUCCUAUUACAAUAUGGGUAGAAUUAGAUUGCAGUGGUCUCGAAUAUGGCAAGUGCUCGGUGAUCAUUUCAAUAAAGUAGGCUGUAGUGCCAAUGAAGACAUAGCAUUUUUUGCAGUCGACUCUUUGAGGCAGUUGUCCAUGAAAUUUAUAGAAAAAGGAGAGUUUGCUAAUUUUAAAUUCCAGAAAGACUUUUUGCGACCAUUCGAACAUAUCAUGAAGAAAAAUAGCUCGCCGACAAUAAGGGAUAUGGUCGUUAGAUGCAUCGCUCAAAUGGUAAACUCUCAAGCGCCUAAUAUAAAAUCUGGUUGGAAAAAUAUAUUUUCAGUAUUUCAUUUGGCUGCAAGCGACCAAGAUGAAGCUAUUGUUGACUUAGCUUUCCAAACUACGGGAAAAAUAAUUACAGAACUAUAUGAAAAACAAUUUCCCGCUAUGAUAGAUUCAUUCCAAGAUGCAGUGAAAUGUCUAUCUGAAUUUGCGUGUAAUGCUAAAUUCCCAGACACGUCUAUGGAGGCUAUAAGACUUGUCAGAUCUUGUGCAACUGCAGUUGGCAAUUCUCCACAGCUAUUUGUUGAACAUGCUGGACUUGAAGGAGAGCUAGGGGCGCCUGAAAUUGAUAGGGUAUGGCUUCGGGGAUGGUUUCCGUUACUUUUUUCACUAUCGUGUGUCGUUAGCCGUUGCAAACUUGACGUCCGUACUAGAGGUUUGACUGUACUUUUUGAGAUUAUUAAAACGCAUGGUGAUUCAUUCCGUCCUCAUUGGUGGAGAGACUUAUUUAAUAUAUUGUUUAGAAUAUUUGACAAUAUGAAAUUACCUGAACAUCAAUUAGAGAAGAACGAAUGGAUGACUACGACAUGCAAUCACGCGUUGUACGCUAUCGUAGACGUUUUCACGCAAUACUUCGACAUUCUCGGUUCCCUUUUACUUGAACAACUCUACGCUCAGUUGCACUGGUGCGUUCAGCAAGAUAACGAACAACUCGCGAGGUCGGGUACUAAUUGUUUGGAAAAUCUAGUCAUAUCGAAUGGAACAAAAUUCGACGAAGAAACCUGGAGUAAAACCUGCCAGAUAAUGUUGGAUAUAUUUAACAGCACAUUGCCUACUACAUUGCUUACAUGGAAACCCGACGAAGGUGAAGACGGUGAGACAACUCAAGUCCGUCAUGGCAUUUUAAAGAAGCCACAAGGUGGAGAUGAAGUGAAAUCUUCUAACCGUGUUUUUAACAGUCUCCUCAUCAAGUGCGUAGUACAGCUCGAACUUAUUCAGACAAUUGACAAUAUUGUUUUCUAUCCCGCUACUUCGAGAAAGGAAGACGCUGAAACGUUAGCACUAGCUGCUGCCGAAUUGACCGGUGGCACUCCUGGAACUGAACAAGAAUGCCAGCGUGAAGAGCAAGGCAUGUACAGAUUGCUAAGCUCGCCGCAUUUACUGCGACUCGUCGAAUGCUUGAUGUGCAGUCAUCGAUUCGCCAAGACAUUUAACACGAACAACGCCCAAAGAAAUUUAUUAUGGAAAGCUAAUUUCAAAGGAUCAGUCAAACCGAAUAUGCUUAAACAGGAGACGCAAUCUUUGGCUUGUGUGCUACGAAUACUAUUCAAAAUGUACAGCGACGAAGGGCGCCGCAGUCACUGGCCGGCGGUACAGAAAAGCUUGAUUACAAUUUCUUGCGAAGCACUGGAAUACUUCGGUUCAUUGACGAAUGAAGCUCACAGAGACGCGUGGACCUCGAUACUGCUUCUCAUUCUUACGAGAAUACUUAAGAUGCCGGACGAAAGAUUUGCGGCCCACGUAUCGAGCUACUACCCGAUGCUCUGCGAGAUCACGUGCUUCGAUCUUAAGCCGGAGCUGCGGUCAGUCCUCCGGCGCGUAUUUAUUCGCAUCGGACCCGUUUUCAACAUUAUCUCUAACACGCAAUAAAUUGCUUAUUAUUUACAAACGAAAUGGCCUUAUAGUUUAGUGUUAAAGUAUGACUUUGAUGUUAAUAUUACUAUUUAUAGAGACAAGCCACCCUCUACGGGAGAAUAUACAAUAAUCUGUUAUAAGCUAAAUAUCCCUGUGAGGUGUGUCUAAUGAUGAAUAAAACAUUUGUUAAUUUCGUAAAUUUUUAAUGUUGACAGCAUCAGUACUUCAGUAGUAUUAAAAGUGAUCUAUUAUACAUAGUGUGUAGUAAGUCUUAUUGUCUAAUUUAUAUAAAUUAUUUGAUUAUAAAAGUUAAAAUUUAAAUUGUAUAAUAAAAAAAUCCUAGAUGUUGUAACUAUUAUAGUUUAUUCUGUAUAUUUGAAGUUUUUACAAUAUGGGGAGCUGAAUUCACUCACCGCUGAUCGCUUCUUAUUUCUUUCUCGCUAGACUGAUCAAACUGUGAUUGUGAUGUUUUUUCACAGCUUUCCGCGUCUUUUUGUUAUCUAAUUGAAUGAUUUCAGAAUUCAAAAACAAACUGAUUAUGUUAUCACUUAUAAAAUAAAUAAAAUGAUUCAUUUAG